GGGGAGCGAGAUUCCAGGUGGAGACACCCCUUUCCUCGCCGGGGGGCGCCCUUUGUACGGAUCCGCACGAUCGGAUCACCCGUCCCUGGUCCUGCCCAGGGGGAAAGUUGCCUUCCCUUUGUUUUAUGCGGCCCCCCCGCCCUGCCCCGCCUCCCUCCUACCACCUUUCCCGCGGCGCCCUCUCCUCUCUUCCGCUGGCGAGCGCCUUCCUUUGCAAACGGGAGCUCAGCCCCGCCGAUCUCCGGGGCCGGGACGGAUUGCACGGAGCUCGGAUGAAAGCUAAAAAUAUCACCCAAAGAAGUAUCACGAGGACUAGGAUAUCAGCACAUUGAUUACGACAGCCCACCUCCUAUUGUAGUGGAAGAAGGAAGGUGCCAAUGAAAACUCCGAGCCGAAGGCGAAAGAAAAGGUGCAUUUAAACCUCCUUGGGCAAAACGUCGUUUCAUUUCUCCAAGAACAGAAAACCCAAAGCUUUCAAUCCUCUUCUUGCCCGCAAAGAAAGCUUACCAGGCAAAUGGCAGCUAUGUCCUGAUCCUGCCCCAGGUGGGCAGGCCAUCCAUCAUCCCAUCAUCCCAUAUUGGCAUCUGAAGUGUAAGAAAGCCAAAUAGGAAAAGGGAAAUUUCAAAAGGAUCUAGACGUCCUUUCAGUGGAAUAAUAAAUAAGAACUGCAUAUUAGUGACAAAGGUAACAAGUGUUCGGGUACCAAGCGGUCAUCGUCAGGUCUAUUGAAAAAUUUUGCAGGGGAAAAACCAUUCCAGCGUGUAGCACGUAUGACCGAAGAAUUGUCUGUCAGCUUGCGUGAAAGGUGGGCCAUCAAAUCUUCCUUUAUGGUGAGUUCCAGGUCAGUUUCAGAGUUCAUAAAAGGGUGGACUGUGCAUUUGAAGAACAUGGGAAAAGGGAUAUCAAGGAAAUGUUAAUGGUCCUCAAGAAGACUUGCUCAGGGAAAAAAACCUCUGUGAUCUGAACUCACCAUUACACCUUUCUUCCCAUCUAAAGCAGAGGGACUUCAUUCACAUACAUGGCCAUUGCAAGAAAAGGGGACCACCAAGUGGUAAAACCAACAGGUUAACUCAGUUGUAAACAGUGCAGAGCAAAGAGGAGUUUUCGUAGGAGAUGCCAAAAACUCGAAUGCCGAUGGGAUCGCAGGAGAGAGGCAUUUGUGAAAAUGCAGGCAGUCCGAAAAGGGUUAAUAAUCCUUGGGGGAUUCAGAUUAAGAAGGAAAUAGAGAUGAGUACGGAAUGGAAGCUCUCCGUGGAGGAGGGCUUGGCCCUGCAUUUGGGGGCUCUGCAUGGAAACAAGUCACAGGACCCAGCCGAACAAAGACACCAGCCAAGUCCAAAGAUCUGUUCCAAUUUUCCUCCAGAAUUUCAACCAGAGGACAAACCAGGGAAUAUUGCAAUACGUGCCAGUUGUCUUGCAGGCGCCUCCCAGAUUAGCAUCAAAGAGGAAGAUCUAGACCACCCUGGCUAUGCGCACGCGCUCUGCCAAAACCCCGUCCCGUUUCUGGCUCAAAGGAUCAAAAAGGAGGACGAUGCAAGCGGGGAGCUCCCCCUGGAUCCAGAGCUUGGGGAGAAAAUUGGUCCCUCGUCUGGUCUGUUCAAAGGCCCCACCACAGCUGCUGUUUUUGCAAAACGUUGUGGCCUUGCCAAAGGCAAGAAAAACAUCCCUGUCAUGCAGGAAGAUCAGAAAGGAGAGAAACUGUUCGCCUGUCCGGUAUGUGGCAAAGAAUUCAACCAGAAGUCUAAUCUCACCCGGCACCAUAAAAUCCACACCACGGAAGGGCCGUACAAGUGCCCCAAAUGCGGGGAAAGUUUCCGCAUGAACCGGCAACUCGUCCGGCACCAGCGGAUGCAUCUGAGCGACCCGUUCAAAUGUGGUGAGUGCGGGAAGAGCUUCAGCCGGCGCUCCAAUCUGAUCAGGCACCAGAAAAUCCACACACAGGAAGCCCCGUACCAGUGUCCCGAGUGUGAGAAGACCUUCAAUCAGAAAACUAAUCUUUUCCGGCAUCGGAUGAUUCACAUCCAGAUGGGCCCUUGCAACUGUACCAAAUGUGGGAAGCUUUUCACACAGAGGAAGAAUCUUGUCAAGCAUCAAAAGCUGCACCUGAGCGAGGGGGCCCACAAAUGCUUUACUUGCGGGAAGCAGUUCCGGCUGAAAAAAUACCUUCGGCGACAUCAGAAAAUCCACAGUCGUGAAGCAGCAAAUAUUCGUAAAACUCAGACAGAGUGACUGGAUCUGGCAAGAAGUGUGAUCACAGAACUGAAAUCACAGGCUAGUGGACAAUUCAGAAGGGCAGUACAGGUAGUCCUCGCUUAGUGACUGCCUCAUUUAGCGACCAUUUGUGGCUACGAUGAAAAAUAACUCUGCAACCAAUCUUCACAUUUAUGACCUUUGCAGGUCUGUAAAGCAAAGCAAAGCUGAAGGAAGAUCGUAAGCAGAGUUUCACUUAGCAACCGUUUUGCUUUAUUACCGAGUUGCCGGUCCUAAUUGUGGUCGCUGAGCGAGGACCCCCUGUAGAACUACCUAGAUAUGGAGCUGCUCCCCAAUGAAAUACUGAGAUUUCAAUUGGGUAAUUGACCACAUUUGAAAGUCAUACGAUUCUGCUCUUUGCAACCUGCUGGAACUUAAAGCAAUGUUUUUUCACUGUGUGCGUGUGCUACUUUGAGGGGCUAAUUUUGCGUGUAUUCUCCAGGAAUGCAAGAGAUAAUCCUGGGGGGAACCAUCUGUGUCGUUGUGAAUCUCUGCCCCGUGGGGGCAUGGAGGGCACCAAAUUUCUAGUUGCCAAGAUACUUUCAAAAGAAAUUGAGUUGGGAAAUGGAGUAAAUUAACUGCUUUGGUUUCUGUUGGUUAAACAUGUUGACAGCUUUGUUCUGCUGAACAAUUUUCCUCCUCCUCCUCAGCUAACAAAAGCUGUGCAAAAUUAAGCGACGUUAUAUAAAUCUGCUGGAUUUGCAUAAAA